UUGCCAGCGGAGGUCCCGAUGGAGACGAGCGGCCCGUGUUCUACGGUGUCCUCGCGCUCUGUCGAGCCUCCACCCGACGCGAUGUCCACCGUAACAUCGGAAGGGGGGUUGUCAGCCUCGGACGUCGAUCCGGAUCCGCUCCCGCCUUCGGGCCAGGUUGCGGCUUCUGUGUUCGACCCCGAGAUGGCAGCCAUGCUCGCUCGGGCGGCGGAGGCGGUUGGCUUGGAGUGGACUAAACCUCCCCCACCUGAACCGUCCCGCCUCGAUGAUUGUUUGCGCAGCAAUUCUCCGCGGCCAAGAAGCAGACUGAGGCCAUCGCUCAGAUCAUGCCACGUCGGAAGCGUCCUGCGCCUGCCCCAUCCACAUCGGCGCCUCAGCCUGCCCCUCGCCGAGGGCGUCCUGCGGCGGCCGCCUCCGUUCCUCCCCGGGGCUCUUCUAAGAAGCGAGGAACCGGUCGUCAGCAGCCCGCCCCGCCCGCUCAGCCCGCUUCAAAGGGUGGAAAAAGAAAAUCGAAGCGGCCCUGAGACGGGCGACCUAGAGAUGGAGGGGAUCGCUCUUCGGGAGAUGGUGAAAGCACCACUCCCCCCACCGGAGGAGGGCCGGUUGGGGAAUCCUUUGUUUCAAUUUUCUGUUCCGCCGACUUUUCAGUCGGCACCCACAAUUCCACAAAAAGAGCGAAUUCCACUUCCAUCUCUAGGUCUUCAGAUGAGCGCCGGAGACACGAGCGGGCUCAUAACCCCCCCUCGUUCUCCGACUCAUCAGAGGAGUACGAGAGCAACGCACGGGCUCAUAACCCCUCCGCGCUCUCUGUCUUCUCAGGGGAGAGAAGACAAUCACGGGCUCAUAACCCAUCGUCUUCCUCCCCCUUCGCCAGAGGGUGCAUCGAGUGGCGUGAGGUGUCUCCAGCAGAGCCUCCCUUACUCACCCACCCAGCAGCGGACUCAGGUGAGUGUUAUCAUGCACAACACUGCUGUCGGUGCGGCCAAUACGCACACACCGGCGAUCACCUCCGUUGCGCCCGCCGCGGGUACACCGAUCGUGCCUUUAGUCCCUCUCGCACGGUGUCUGGGGGCGUGGGAACAGCUUCCCAGCCCGUCGCGUUGGCUUUUACGCACGAUUCGUCUCGGCUACGCGAUCCAAUUUGCCCGGCAUCCCCCCAAAUUCUCCGGCGUUCGUUUCACUGCGGUGAGAGCUGCCGAUGCGCACGUCCUCCGUGCGGAGAUCGCUGUCCUACUGGCGAAGGACGCGAUCGAGCCGGUCCCUCCAGCCGAGAUGAGGUCGGGGUUUUACAGCCCUUACUUUAUUAUACCCAAGAAAAGCGGCGGCUUGCUACCGAUCCUGGACCUGCGUUCGCUGAACCGUGCACUUCACAGAAUGCCGUUCAAGAUGCUGACGCCCAAACGCAUAUUUCCAUGCAUUCGUCCAAACGAUUGGUUCGCAUCCAUCGACCUGAAGGACGCGUACUUCCACGUAUCGAUUCUCCCCCGGCACAGGCCGUUUCUCCGCUUUGCGUUCGAGGGGCGAGCAUACCAGUACAAAGUCCUCCCGUUCGGGCUCUCUCUGUCUCCCCGUGUAUUCACCAAAGUAGUGGAGGGGGCUUUAAAACCCCUGAGAGAGAAAGGUGUGCGCAUUCUCGCGUAUUUAGACGAUUGGCUCAUAAUAGCUCAAACACGUCAGACGCUGUGCGAUCACAGAGAUUUAACUCUAAAACACCUCGCUCGUUUGGGUCUUCGGGUCAACUGGGAAAAGAGUAGCUUUGCCCCGUGCAGAGAAUCUCUUUUCUCGGGAUGGAACUGGACUCGAUCGAUUUGACAGCUCGUCUAACAGAAGCGCGUGUACAGUCGAUUCUGACUUGCCUGAAUACAUUCAAGAGCAAGAGCGCGGUCCCGCUGAAACAAUUUCAGAAGCUCCUGGGGCAUAUGGCAGCAGCUGCAGCUGUAACUCCGCUCGGACUGCUUCAUAUGCGACCGCUUCAGCAUUGGCUUCACGAUCGAGUCCCGAGGAGAGCGUGGCUGCGCGGCAUUCACCGUGUUAUCAUUACACCUGCGUGUCGUCGCACUUUCACUCCGUGGUCAGACCGUGCGUUUCUCCGAGCCGGUGUGCCUCUGAGACAGGUCUCCAGGCAUGCAAUAGUAUGCACAGAUGCUUCGGACAUGGGGUGGGGGGCCACGUACGAUGGGCUUGCGGCUUCGGGGGUCUGGACGGCACCCCAGCUGCAUUGGCACAUAAAUUGCCGAGAAAUGUGGGCUGUAUAUCUUGCGCUCGUCCGUUUCAGCAACGAGUUACGGGGCAAAGAUGUAUUAGUUCGAACAGACAACACUGCGACCGUGGCGUACAUCAAUCGUCAAGGCGGUUUACGCUCGCGUCACCUGUCGCAUCUCGCCCGUCACCUCCUCACUUGGAGUCAGAAGAAUUUGAGGUCUCUUCGUGCCAUUUACAUUCCGGGCACGCUCAAUGUAGAGGCGGAUGCGCUCUCUCGGGCUGCGCGUCCCGGCGAAUGGCGGCUCCACCCCAUUGCGGUUCAGCAGAUUUGGAGACGUUUCGGCAAAGCGCAGAUAGAUCUGUUUGCUUCUCCAGAGACGGCCCAUUGUCGCCUGUUCUAUUCACUAGCCGACGACUCGCUCGGCGUGGAUGCAUUGGCACACAGCUGGCCGCGAAACAUGCGCAAAUACGCGUUCCCUCCGGUGAGCCUCAUUGCGCAAACCCUAUGCAAAAUCCGGGAGGACGAGGAGAGCGUGCUGUUGGUGGCACCGUAUUGGACAACCAGGAGUUGGUUUCCAGAACUCUCUCUCCUCGCGACAGCCCCUCCUUGGAAGAUUCCCCUGAGGAAGGACCUUCUUUCUCAACAAGAGGGCACAUUAUGGCACCCGCGCCCCGACCUAUGGAACCUCCAUGUGUGGUCUCUGGACGGGGCACGGAGGAUUUGAGUGAUUUACCGCAAGAGGUAUCUAACACUAUUGCUGCUGCGCGAGCGCCGUCUACGAGACAGGCUUACGCGCUUAAAUGGAACCUGUUUGUCGACUGGUGUUCUUCCCAAAGUGAAAACCCCCGAGAAUGCCCGAUUAGUGUUGUGCUUUUAUAUCUCCAGCGUCGUUUGGAGAAUAGGCUGUCACCAUCCACUAUUAAGGUCGAUAUCGCUGCGAUAUCAGCUCACCAUUCACCCGUAAACGGUAGAACAGUGGGUCAGCACGACCUGGUCAUUAGAUUUCUCAGAGACGCUCGAAGACUGAAUCCUUCGCGUCCUCCCUCUAUUCCUCCUUGGGACCUGUCCUUGGUGCUGAAAUCACUCCAGGAAGCCCCAUUUGAGCCUCUGCAUAGUGUGAGUGUUAAAUUUCUUACUAUGAAAACAUUAACUCUCCUUGCUUUGGCUUCUGUUAAGAGGAUAGGGGAUAUUCACGCAUUUUCGGUCGAUGAAUCGUGCCUUCAGUUCGGGCCGGCUGCAUCCAGCGUAACACUGAGACCCCGGCCCGGCUUUGUGCCCAAAGUUCCCACCACUCCUUUCAGAGAUCAAGUGGUGAACCUCCAAGCGCUGCCUUUGGAGGAGGCAGACCCAGCCAUGGCUUUGUU